GAAUCCGAAUUCGACCCCUUUUCUCACCAACUUCCAAUUCAUGGUGUUCGAGAUCCCGUCGGCUCGCAUCCAGCAACUCCAAGAGGGUCUCCGGCGGGAGGCCGGCUUGUCGUUCAAUGAACCGGCCGACUCAUCGCCGCAACUUCCUUCCAUACGCGACGCGGUUGCUGCACUCGAUCCGGAACUCUCUCCCUCCCUCCGUUGCGAACGGUGCCGCGGCGGCCUCCUCCGUGGCCUGCAGUCCACGAUCUGUAUCUAUUGCGGCCACGAUCGGGGGAAGGAAGGCUCAUCUCAUUCGAUCUCCUUCAAUUCCACCGUUGGGUGCCGAAAGCUUCUCGACUUCCUCGGGCUGGAUGGAUCUGAAGCUGUUUUACCGGACAUGGAGACAAGUGGUUCAAAAAAGGGUCAGGACACACCCAAGAGUGAGUUAGUUUUGUCUGAUCUCUUGGACCUUGUAUUAAAAUGGCCUUCAGAUAAGGAGGAUAUUGAUGACACGAGCGGAUCACCUGCCCCCAAUACAAUUGCUUUAACCUUGACUGGAGUUGAUCUUGAUAAUCUUUUUCCUGAAAGAAAGGGAGAGGCAUCUUCUAUUGCUCCGGAUCUCAAUGAUGAGUUUAUUCCAAGGCAGAAUAGAGAGGCAAAAACUCAUGUGUCUUCUGCUUUUGAAGCCUUUAAUGUGUUUGGGAAACUUCAAACUUCAGAGAUGAAAACAAGCACUUAUAGCAGUAAUGUUGAUGGUUCAUUCGGUGCCUGGAAUGCUGAGUUUCAUCCUGCUAGUGGCACUUCUGCUGUUAGUCCCAAAUCACUUGAACUUUUUCAGGAUUCUUCAGUUAGCAGUCUUCCUAAUGCUGCAAUAACUGAAGCUACUAAAGACCAACAUGAGAAAAUAGAAGCACUUGGAGGAAUUCAAAGUCAGUCAGGUCCACCGACAUCAGUCAACAAAGAACUUCAAAAUGAUUUUUGGCCCAUCGUGAGUGCAAAAAUAGAGCCUUCAAAUUCACUCAAAGAUGAAACUCACAUUGAUAAAGGGAAUAGUGCCAUAAAGAGUAUCUCUGGAUUUUCUGUUCAAGAUGAUCUAUGGCCUCCAAGCAGCAUCACAAAAUCUGACACAUCUACUCAAAAUAAUCUGACGGAUGAUUCCAUUGAGGAUUGGCAAGAUUUUACCGGCUCAGCAAGGAGAACUUCAUCAAGUAUGCAAAAUAGAACUGUAAUGAACCUGUUUGGAGAUUCUCCUACAACAAAGUCAGAUUACCUCUUCCCUGAAAGCAGUGAAAAUGCAUUGCAAAGUAAUAAAACAGUAGUUGGUAAAAGUGAUUCUGUUGAUGAUUGGCAAGAUUUUGCUAGCUUAGGACAGCAGGAAAGUUCUAUAGCUCAUAGGACACAAUCAGACAUUGCAUUAAAUAAGUCUGUCACUCCAAUGCAUAUGAGCUCCAAUACAAGAUCUGAUAGUUUGAUAAACAUGGAUGUUGGUCAUGAUGAUUCUUCUGAUGUUUGGCAAGAUUUUAGCAGUUCUGGUGCUGCAGUUGAAGAUGCAAUCUAUCAAGAAGCACAAAAUAGAAUCCUCCAAUUUAAGGAUCCUUUAAAAACAGAUGCAGUUAGUUCCUGGCCUACCAGCAGCACAAAGGAUUUGGACAAGAGUAAGCCCUUUCAUGGAGAUGAUGAUUCCAUUGAUUGGCAAGAUUUUGCUAGCUUUGCUGAAGUCCCAGCUAAAUCAUUGAUUGUGGAAUCUCAGUCUAAUUCUACAUUUCUUGAUCUAACUUCAGAAACAAAGUCAAUAGAUACUUGGCCUUUGCAAGAAAAAGAAUCCACAAAUGGGCAUGAUGAUGAGUUUGAUGAUUGGCAAGAUUUUACCAGCUCUGUGGAGGUACGAGAAAGUUCAUCUGAUCAUGGAGAACAAUCUAUUGUUCCUGUAUUUGUGCAUCCCUCAGAAACAAAUUCAAUUCACCAUCAAGGUAUGAAGACAGAUGAUGCGGUGGAAAUACAAAAGCACCACUCUGAUGCGAGUAACAGGCAACUGGAUGUUUUGACAUUUGAUAGAACCAAUGAAGUGGACAAGAAGACUGCCUUGGAUCCUCAUUCUAUUUUAUGGAAUGGAAAUGAAAACAUUGGAAGUUUAGAUGCUAAUUCAAAUUCAGAGCAUGCUAAAUCCAAUGCGGAGAAGUUGGUGUCACAGAUGCAUGAUCUUUCGUUCAUGCUUGCAGAUGAGCUUUCAAUCCCAGAGAAGCAUAAAAAAAACUAAACUAUUCUUCUGUGCCACACCAAUUCUUUUAUGCAGGUACAAGCACCCUAUCCUUUUUCAGUCGGACGCAUUUUAUAUCAUUUUGUUCCAUUUUUAUAUUACAGAAAACAUCAGUUUGUAAAUUUGAAGUUCAAAUGUUUGCUUUUAUGAACAAUAGUCAAUGCAUGUUUUCACUGUCGAUAAUCAUAUGGUUGUUGGAUUGGAUA